AUGUGGAAUGAGAAGGAGGAAGGAUAUCGCGGUUCAGUCAAUCGGUUCUGGACAUUUUGGGAAGCCUUUUCUUCAAUUUUGGAGAAGGAACACCUUCACAGGCAAGAUCCCGUGUUUCUGGACUAUACCUCUGCAUCGAAACAAGAAAAGAUCCCCAACUGGAGGAUAAAACGACCGCUUAAAAUAAUUGUGCACGGAUGGCGGGAUAACACAAACAGCAGUUGGAUCCAUGAUAUGAAAGAUGCGUUGCUGCAAGAGGAGGACUGCAACGUAAUCAUCGUGGAUUGGAGUAGAGGAGCAAAGACGCUAAACUACGUGUUCGCUGCUGGAAAUUCGGCUCUCGUCGGUAGACAACUCUCGCUGCUUACUCAGCGGCUCUUAAAGGCGUACGGCUUAAAUGCUUCGAGGGUCCACUGCAUCGGACACAGCCUGGGAGGUCAUGCUGCUGGAUUCUUCGGAAGGCAUUUCAAAGAGAAGACAAGCAUGCUCAUUGGGCGAAUAUCAGCUCUGGACGUAGCCGAACCUCUAUUUAGCGACUCCGGUGUCUCCGUAUCCAGCCAAGAUGCUCAGUUUGUUGACGUCAUCCACACUAGUGAAAGCCACUGGUACAUUCGCAGUGGGGUGGGCAUGACGAAACCCUUUGGACAUGUUGACUUUUACCCGAAUUUCGGCGAGCGACAGCCCGGUUGCCCACUUAUGGAUAUUAUUUGUGACCACGACCGAUCGGUUUACUACUUCAUGGAAUCCAUCACGAACAAGCAGUGCCACUUCAAGUCGAAACCCUGUGACGAGACAUCAUUGUACAUACAUGAAAAAAACUGCGUGGGAUCUGGAGCUUCCGGGGAAAUGGGAUAUUUUAGCCCUCACGCUGCUGGACGAGGAGUUCAAUAUCUCGCAACCAACAAUAAAUCACCUUACUGCAAGAAUAAUCAGUAUAGAGGAGCAAAGCUUCGUGUGAACACAACGAAUCGUUUUCCUAUGGUGAAUGUUCAUCGUAAUUUGAUUGACUUUACCUAA